AUGAGCGUCUGCGCAAACAUGCCGCGUCCUGUGACAUCAUCCGCCACCUUUCUCCGAUGGGUGCAGGCCUCGGCCGUGCAGCGCGGUGCUCAAUCGAUGCGCUGCUUCUCCUCGGCAGGAAACUCAUACAUGUCUUCUAAACGAGACAUGCAGACGGCAACAGCCUACCGUCCGCACACCCUACCUUCAUCCUUUCCGACCACCUUCCCCAAGCCGAGCGGCGGCGCAGGUUCGGACGUGUCAAUCACCGCCGACUUCCCUCUGCCCAGCGGACCUGCAAAGAAUGGCUCAACACCAAGCUCUGCAACUACCCCACAACCAGAGCGCGAGGCCCAUGUCACCAAGCCAGUCUCCAACACUUCCACUACUACAAAUGGCGCAACCAAGACGUCCAAGCCCCGUCGACCCCUGCGGGCACGGAAAGCCGCGAUGAAGCUGACACCUCUCGCGACUGUGCAACUACGAAAGUUGAUGGACCAGCCGGAUCCCAAAUUCAUUCGUGUGGGAGUCAAGAACCGUGGCUGCUCAGGCCUGGCGUACCAUCUCGAAUACGUAGAAAAGCCAGGCAAGUUCGACGAGAUUGUCGAGCAAGACGGUGUCAAGGUCUUGAUCGAUAGCAAGGCUCUGUUCAGCAUCAUCGGAAGCGAGAUGGACUGGCACGAAGAUCCACUCAGCCAACGCUUCGUAUUCCGCAACCCCAACAUUAAGGAGGAAUGCGGAUGCGGUGAAUCCUUCAUGGUCUAA